CAUAAAAAGCACAACGUACAACCAACCAAUAACAUCAAAACUCACCAAAUCACCGGAGAAACUUAACCUUGAUCAUCAUCAUCAUCUCCGUCACAAAUUCGUCAGAAUCACAGGUACAAAAAUGGCGAGAGAAGUAUCAGAGAGCUGUAUGGACAGUUUGCUCACUGAAAUAGUAUCAUCAUACUGCAAUGUCCUCUACGCUACUAAACCAGAGCUUGCGGCUCGGAGAAUUGAAGCAAUCGGUUAUCAAGUCGGUCAUCAGUUAUCCGAAAGGUACACCAUGGAACGACCACGGUUCAGUGACCAUCUGGAGGCAAUCAAGUUCAUCUGUAAAGAUUUCUGGUCCGAACUCUUCAAGAAGCAGAUAGACAAUUUAAAGACUAAUCAUAGGGGUACAUUUGUUUUGCAAGAUGAUAAAUUUGCAUGGCUUUCACGCAUGUCGGGGGAGCCAUCAACAGAGACUCGCGGUUCGGCUCCUGAGGCUGGAAACAAAGCUGCGGAAACAACCGGCAUGCAUCUAUACUUCCCUUGCGGGAUUAUAAGGGGCGCUCUUUCAAACUUGGGUAUUCCUUGUGCUGUUUCUGCAGAUAUAUCCAAUCUUCCUGCUUGUUCCUUUGUGAUCCGGAUAAAGGUGUAGCAAACAUCAUCCGUUCCUGAGCUGCAGACCAAGCAAUGUAUUUUUUUUUUCUUUUUUCAGUACUACAGCAAUGUAAGUAACCAAGCGUGUAAUUGUAGUUUCUGUUUUAACUGUUGACAGUUGAAAUCAAUCAACAAGAAUUCUAGAAGGUCGGAAAUGAGUGAUAUAGUAUAUAAUUAUAUCAAAAAGACGACCGUUUGGUUAGUUUUUUAUGUGCAA